AUGGAGACCAGGAAACCCGAAUUCCAGCCAUGGCGAGACUACAUGCAACUCGCGGACGCUGUGCGGGAAAUAGGAGCUGAGAGCCGCGCAGCCAAGAUGACCUCGAAUUGUGGGAGCGUCCCGACACCGGACACCGGGCACAAUCCUGAAGAAACAUCUCACUCACGCGCCACACCGACGGACCCGCAAGCUGCAGAAACCCCGGAAAAGAAGUGUCACAAUUUACAAGAAUCGCCAUAUCUCCGCUUCUGCAGUUUCUGCAAACACAACGGAGAGUCUGCGCUCGUGUUCCAGUCGCACGGCCUCAGGGAUGAGGCAGGCCGCGUCAGCUGCCCCUACCUGCGCCGGUACGUGUGCCCGCUUUGCGGAGCGACGGGGGACCGCGCUCACACGAAGCGCUUCUGCCCAGAUGUGGACAGCGCCUACAGCUCCGUAUACUGCAAAGAGCAGCGAUGA